AUACAAACAUUGAACCACGUAGUAUUCUUUUCUUCGGCUGAUAACAAUACGAUACGUGAUUUUUUGUAAACAUCGUUACUUUCAACAAAAAUCAACGAAAUUAUUUACUCGAGGAUUAUGAAAAAUUUUAUUUAUUUAUAACACAGCAUACUGAUAUUUGUUAACGAGAGUGAAUUUAUUUUUUUGGCGGGAAAAGAAACGGUCGAGAACACGGGCGAUCACGUGUUCGCACAGAUGUACGUAAAAUAUGUGGAGGAAGAAUGGCUCGAUUACACAAACAAAUUCAUGACGCUUUGAACGACGAAGCGCUCCGAAGAUUAAAAAUAAUAAACGUCAAUACGGUGAUUGAAUUUUUGGAGCAGGACGACAACAAGUUGGAGCAAGUCGUUAAAAUCGAACAUCGGAUCGUUCAACAAAUUAAACGGAAUAUAAUUAAAAAUUAUGCCGGGAAAAUUGAAAACGGGGAAGAUUUAUUACGAUUGGAAAAUAAUUUCGUGUCAACUGGAAUCGCGAGUUUGGAUGACUUAUUAAAUGGUGGAUUGUAUCCUGGCGAGUUGUACGAACUUUGUGGUUUAUCGUCCGCUGGAAAAACUCAACUCUGUCACAGUAUCGCAAUAAAUGUGAUCCUCGAAACUGACGGUAUGGUUCGUUACAUAGAUACGAAAAAGGACUUUUCAGGAAGUAGAAUCCAAAUGAUGCUGGAAGCCAAAAAAAUUGGUGAUGAGGAAACUGCGCGAGUCAUGAACCAAAUAAAAGUGAUUCAAGUGAAAAAUGUAAAUGAGUUGUUCGGAGUCCUCUACGAUAUGGCAAAGUCCGAGGAAAAAUGGGCAAACGAAAAAUCAACGAAACUCGUAAUAAUCGAUUCUCUACCUUCACUGAUAUUAUCGACACUCGGAAAAAAUACAAACAGCCAUCGAUCGCUCAACCAAAUGGCCGGGGUGCUGCGAUUUUUGGCGAACGAGCAUCAAAUUUCUGUCAUAACUAACAAUCUCGUGUCCAAAUGGCAAGACAUCGAGCGCUUCGGUGCGCCCAUCCCCGUUAAACCCAUUCGCGUGAAACCCUAUUUAGGCAAAUAUUGGGAACACGCACCGAACACGAGACUGCACAUCGAAAAAAUGUACAAUGGCGAGAAGCGAAAAAUUUCUGUAUGGAAAAGCUUCGAAUUGAAAAUUGGAACCAGCUGCAUCGCCGAGUUAACUGACGCUGGAUUCACGUGACAAUUUUAUUAAUUUAUGAUAAAGUUUUCUAAACUCAAUUAGAAUUGGACGAUAUUAGAGUGGAAUCGGAGAAGAUCGCGAUUACAGAUUAAAUGAUGAAAAAAUUGGGACUGAUAUCUCAAACUAAUAAGUGAUCGUGAUUUCGAAAAUUUGUGAUAUUUUUAUAUUUUUUUCAACAUCGUGGUCUCAUAUGGAUGAGCAGUAUUUGCCACAGUAAAUUAGUGAUUUUUAUCGGAUUUAUCUUUGUGCAAGAACAAUAACUGGGAGAUUUUUUCUGAUAAGAUUUCACGCUUGAAAAUAUCGUACUACAUGCGCAGCAAAAACGCCGAGCCGAGAUGACGAAGUAAUCACAUAUUUUAUGACAAGUCAUCGUUUAUCGUCCGAGCUUGUUUCCACGUACACGGAUAUACAUGUUGAAAUUAUUAUGACGAGUAACUUCGAUAUUUUCUGAGCUAAUUCAUUUCAUUUGUUACACGCGCCCAGUAGUCAGAUUUCGAGGAUUCGUCGAUUUUGAAGUAAUGAGAGGGAAGCCUGAAAACUCUUAAAUAUUUUUUGAUAAACUUGGAGGUGGGGGAAUAUGCUUGUUUGGUGGAAGAAUAAAUAUUUUGCGAAUCGA